AGAGACGCGGAAGUGUAGGACAUGUCACGUGAUUACCCCGGAUGUCAACAAAACUGUGGUUGAAGUUGUCUCUGGUUUUAGCGAUGUUUUUUUAUCAUUUAGUAACAUUUCAUUGUUGAAAACGUGGUUGAUAUGAAAGUAUAGCGGUUAUUUAAGUUUGUAGAUCUAAAGGAAGGAUUUGAAAAUGCGCCCUGACUCGCCUCUGUCCAGCGUCAACGUAGUGCUGGUGAUGGCCUAUGGAAGUCUGGUGUUUGUUCUGCUGUUUAUCUUGGUGAAGAGGCAAGUCAUGAGGUUUGCUAUGAAGACUCGCAGAGGACCGCACGUACCUCUGGGUCAUAACGCACCAAAGGACCUGAGGCAGGAAAUAGACGCCAAACUAAAUAAAGUACAGAAAAUCCAGUUUGAACCUCGUCUGAUUUCUCCUGACGAUGAGAGACUAAAAUACAGAGGACAAAAUGGUUGCUAUGAUUACAUCUACAGGAUGAGGGCGCUGGAUGCCAUCAGAGACGCCGGUGAGGUGUUCUCUUUCAUACUAGUAUUGUUCCUUCCUGCUUCAGAUGCACCAGUGUUUUGUGUUGGUGAUGCAUUGCUGUACCCUCACUUUGUCGCUUCUGAUUGUUUGAUAGAUUUCCCCUUCCACGAACUGGGCGGUACGUCGACGGCUGUGACAGGGAAGCGCUUCAGGACCUGGCUGCUGGAGCUGCGCAACUCCCACUCCUUCUUCUGCAGCACCAACCGGCCGCUCAUCGACAGGGUGCUGGAGGGGUACAACUGUGCACGCCACGGCCCGGAGGAGUUUGGCCAGGCAGAGUAUUUGAAAUACCAGGAGGCUCUUACUGAACUGGCCUCUGUUGUGAAGUCCUUUGCCAGCUGCAGCACUCUGAACCUGGAUCACCAGUCUGCCGCAAGGGACUUAAGCUACAGCCCGGAGCCCGCGACCUCUGACCCUCCGACCCAGAGCAGCGCCCUCAUGGCGCCGGGGACCCACCAGCAGCGGAGCAAGCUGCCAAAGCACUUCCUGGAGCUGAAGAGCUUCAAAGACAACUACAACGCGCUGGAAAGUGUGCCCUGAACGGAACUCUGUUUGAACCCUCCUGUGGCGGUCCCUGGGAGGUCAGAGUCAAUGUUGUAGCGCGCUACCACUUAGAUGAAAGUGCCUAUUGGUCUGGAGAUGGAGAACAGGAUGCACACCUUUGGUGGAGAAGGUAUUACUACUGCCUUAGUGAACUACUGUGGGGGGGUCACCCUUCAUGGUGUUAAUACAGCCUUAUAGUAUUAAUACACCACUUUUGGUUUGAACUAAGCAUUGCACUGCAGUUCACUGAUAAGGUUCUGUUUACAUUAACUUAACUUAGUAUUAUUGUUAUGAUAUGUGAACCGAAUAGAUGGUGUGUAUGUAUGUAUUUAGCCAAACAAAAUAUUAUGCAAUGCUAUGAGACAAUCAGUGUUAAUUGCAUUAAACAAUCUUGCAGAAAUGUUCUGUUGCAACGUCAUGAAAGCCUGCUUGCUUUCCCUUAGCGUUAAUCUUUCAAAAGCCAUAACAAAGCCAAUUAUUCAUUUAAGAUAAAAUGCUUCUCAUUCUCUUCUCACAGCGUAAUUGUUAUGUUUAUCAAUGCAUACUGCAUUGUGAGAAUGUGUCUGUGUCUGUGUGUCUAUAGGAUGUAUACUACUUGAAGACCAACAUGUCACACUGGUUUUCAGAUAUGGACUAUGUCAACUGACUAAUGGGUUUCUUUGGGAAUCAUGUCAAAUAAGUGGUGUACAGGAAUAUAUUAUUUAUGUUGUGAUUAUGUAAAUCAUGCUAAAGCUUAUUUAAUAAAGGUUUAUAAUUAUACAAAAAUAUUCAUGUACCAUAUGCAAAGGAACUGUGAAAUGUUACAUUGUGUUUCCAAAUACUUGCGUUCACCUAUGCUGAAGUUGCUGCUGGUGAAUAUUCCUAGACAUUCUUUGCUAAUUAAAACCACCUGUUUGUCAACUUUA